GCAUUCCUCAGGCCUGAGCGGACCGAGCUGGCCAGCGCCGAGUGGGCCAGCAUCAUGGGUGGCUCGCGCGGGCGGGGGCUGCGCGGAGGGCGGUGUGGGGGCUGCGGGCGGCUUGCGGGCGGCGUCUGCGGGCGUCUGCGGGCGGCGUCUGCUGUUUACGUGGCGCGCCGUUCGCGGAUCCGCCAGGCGCCCGACCCCGCGUUCGUGUAGGCUGCAGCCGGAUCCGGAUCCGCACGGCGCCGGGCGGAAACAUUCCCCUUUUGAAUGUAGUCUAAAACCCUAUAAAAAGAAGAAAGAAGAAAAUACCAUUCGGUCUUUAAUAUUUGCUUGGAAGAAUGCCUGAUGAUGCAGCAAUUUUCAUGUUGAGUUGCAGUUUGGUCAGGGAGAUAGUCGCGUACGAUGAGGGAGCUGCCGUAACCACUCUCUAGGACCCAAUUAAAGAAGAAAAAAGAUCUGUAACAGAUAUACAUGUUCUAAGACUGACUGACAGGAAUCGGGCGUGACGAUCAUGAAUGACACCAAAUCAGCGCGAGAAGCCCAUGAGGCUUUUGUGACGGGACACACUGGUUCAACAGCUAUUGAUGUUAUAUUGGCAAUAUAUCCUGUAAUACCUGCAUCUCUCCUUGCUGCUUGUUUAGUGAAGGGACGUAUGGGAUGGCUUUGGUUUUUUAUAGAUAGUUUUUUACUGGUUGUUCCACCUACACUUGGAUUUACAGUAUUGGCAAACUACACCCUGGAAGUGAGUGCAGUACAGAUAUUGCUCGCUGGUUUAGUCCUUAUAUGUACGUCUCAUCCACUACAGGAUUCCUUUCUCAGCAACUCAAAGCACUUGGCAUGUUUGACUGCAAUGAGAGCUGUAUUGAAUGUAAAUACAGCUGUUGCUAUCUUGGGUGUGGAUUUUCACAGUUUUCCAAGGAGAUUUGCCAAAACGGAGGAAUAUGGAUAUAGCGUAAUGGACGUGGGAGCUGGAGGAUUUGUUGUUGUGAAUGGUUUUGUUGAAGGUCGGAAGAGAAGGUGCUACAAGUCUGUGAUGGUUGAUGCUGUUGCCCUUGCCAUCUUGGGUCUUUUGAGGGUCAUGUUUGUUCAUACGUCAGAUUAUCAGCAUCAUGUAACAGAGUAUGGAGUACAUGGCAAUUUUUUCUUCACACUGGCAUUUAUUAAGGCUACUUGUUCGUGGUGGGUAUAUCGCCUGACCUGGUCUUCAGGUACUAUACUAGCAAUUUUGCUGUGUAUGUGCCAUCACCUUUUAUUAACUGCUGGCAAUCUUGGUUCAUGGACACUAAGUAAUGCUCCAAGAGAUAAUCUUCUCACUGCAAACAGAGAAUGGAUUGUAUCAAUGCCAGGUUAUAUGGCUGUUUAUCUCUUUGGCGCUGCAAUGGGGAACUAUAUAUUCAAGAGAAGAAAUGAGGGGAAGAAGCUCACUACAGCCUUCCUUGUGAUUACUGCUAUUUUCAGCAUCUCCUUGGCUGCCUUGGGCCAUUGCGUGGACUUGCCAUCUCGUAGACUUGGCAAUCCUACCUUCGUUACUUUUGUUAUGACGUAUACUUCAAUAGGUUUUGCAAGUUUUUCCUUGAUAGAGGAAACACUGUCGCCUGUAUUGUGUGUUCCACCUACUUUGGCUUCCAUCAACCGUCGGCCACUCUUUUUCUUCCUGCUAACCAAUGUAACCACAGGUCUCAUCAACAAAAGUAUCAAUACUUUAACAGUGGAGUAUCCAUAUGAUGUUUGUAUUAUUUCUUGUAACAUUGUUGCAGUUCUUAGUGUUGUAUAUGUUUUGUACUGUUUGGAUAUUAGGAAUCAAACUAAAGAGAAACAUGAAAAGUUUGAAUAAUAUAAUUUUUUACUUAGUGAUUCACCCAAUUUCUGGUCAUUCCUAUUAAUGUAACGUUGUCAUUAACUUUAAAAUCUUUCAUUGUAAAUCUAUUUGAAAAACAAUAUGUAUAUUUUCUUCAAUUUAUAUUUUAUAAUAUGUGUGCCUAUUUAUAUUAUAAUGAUUACUCAAAGGAUGAGGUCAUGUAAAUGCAGUGAUACUGAUUGGUGUUGUCUGUAAUUGGGGGAAUUGUGAAUACUUUAGCUCUAAUACUUAAGGUCUUUGUAAUUUAGUUUCAUCAGGAAUAUUUCUUAGGGAUUUAAAAUUUAAUCAAACAUAUGAUUGUACAACAGGUAUCAGAUAUUGCUGUAGUUUCAGCUGCCAACAAUUACUGUAAUGCAUUGACAAAAAGAGCUUGUGGUUUGCUCUGUUCGUUAUUCAUAAAGGUUUAGACUCAUUGAAAGUGAACUGCAUUGAAAAACACAUUGUCCAGAUUGAUUUGCUUGAAUCUGAGCAGAGGGGGAACAGGGAGAUGGGUUUGUCAAAAACCAUACAGUUAUGUUUUAAUUUAUAUAAUUUACUCACCCAUUUGUAGUGCUUCUUACUUUUAUUUUUCACCAUCUCAAAGUCUCCAGUUUUCUGUAUUCAGUCCCAGGCGGAAAAAAGACAUUAGAAAACAUUCUUCUGAAAUGAGUUACAAAUGCUUAAACAGAAAGAAAAAUAAAACAACCAGAGUAAAUGUAACUUAUUAUUUAGCAAUAAAGACCUGAAAUUUUA